GGAGUUUUGCCUUCCAUGAAAAAGAAAAGAAUGGCAGCCCCAUAUCCUGUGGACCCAAACAAGGCACAGAAUCCUGGUUGGGCAGUUCCCGGUGCCCCAAACCCAGGAUAUCCAAGCCAGCCUCCACCUAACAUGGGAUAUCCACCACAGCCAGGAAUGGGAUACCCUCCUGCCAAUCCUCCACCAUACAGUGCUCAGGCCCCCUAUGGAGGACAGCCUGGUGGUUAUGGUCCACCAGGAAUGUACGCAUCACCCUCUGGGCCUCAAGUAGAGGGAUGGCAGCAACAGCCUUGGGGAGGUCAACAGCCUGCUCCUUUUGCGGUAAAUGGAUUUUUCACCAAUCUUCGACAGAAAAAUUUUCGCAACACUAAUACGCAUGUCAUCCAGCUGCAGAUGAGGGAAAUUGCUCAACCAGUAUACAAUGCCAGUGGUGGAGGAUUUCCCAUACAAGAUGGAAACCGAGAUGCUGGAGUUCCUAAGGAUGAUGUGCUGCCAGAAACCUUUGGAGGUUCAUUUGGAGAUAAAGCAAUCCGCCAUGCGUUUGUUCGCAAAGUAUACCUUAUCUUGAUGGUACAACUGUUGGUGACACUUGGAAUUGUGUCCCUUUUUACUUUCCAUUCAGGUGUGCGCUUAUUUGUUUUAAGGAAUAGUUGGAUGUAUUUCCUCUCGUAUGCAGUCUUUUUGGUGACGUACUUGUCACUAGUAUGCUGUUCAGGUGUGAGACGACGCUGGCCUGGUAACUUCAUAAUGCUAGGGAUUUUCACUCUUGCACUCAGUUACAUGGCAGGAACAAUUGCUGCUACACAUUCGACGGAAAUUGUGGUUAUGACCAUUGGCAUUACUUGUGCUAUUUGCUUCCUCAUCACACUCUUUGCCACACAGACUAAGUAUGACUUCACUGGCUGUGGAAUCUACUUGUUCGUUAUUUCCAUGGUAUUGCUGAUAUUUGGAAUCAUCGCAAUUUUCACUUACAGUAAAAUUCUGUACACCGUGUAUUCUGCUGGUAUUGCUCUGCUCUUCUCUGCGUACCUAGUGUACGAUACGCAGAUGGUGAUGGGUGGCCGUAAACAUGAACUGUCUCCUGAGGAACACAUCUAUGGUGCCCUGGUGCUGUAUUUGGACAUAAUUUAUAUCUUCAUCAGCCUCCUUUCUUUGUUUGGUUCCAAAAAUUAGAGAUUGUGGUUUUCUCUUAUCCUUAAUGUCUAAAUAAAUACAGUACUAAAUACUAAAUAGUGUGUAAGACUUUCAUUGAUAUAAAUUUAAUCUCCCAUGUGUAUUUUACUCUGCCCAUGAAUAUUCUAAUUUAUAGUGCUACAGAAAGUUUAGUCAGUUUUUAUUUUGAAGCAUGUAUAUCAUACAGUACUGGGUAGUCCUUUAAUGAUGAGCGGAGUUGUAAAAAUUGGUCAUUGGGAUAUGUCAUGGCCAUCUGCUUGAUCUUGAAGCAGUUCCUGGACAUUUUAAUGGUGGCUGCAUUUAGGAAGUUGAGUAAGUAGUUGUCCCUCCUUCCCUUUUUCUCUGAGACAGCAUGUAUGUGGGGCCGAUUUAAGGCUAAACUUAAGUGUAUAAGUUAAUGGAUUAAGUCAGAUUGGUGAAACAACCCAUUUUAGUGUGCCAUAAAAAUAAAGUUUUCUUAGAUGUUCCUUUUUAUAAAAUAGUUACAUAAAUUUGUUGUUAUGGUCAAUGUAAAAUAACCUUUCUCAUUUACUGUUUAAAUAAAGAUUAACUGUUAAUCUGUUUGUCUGGAAGAUAUUCAUACAGUAUAAUAACGAAGUCUUGGGUACAGAAUGUGACAACCAUUAACUCAUGAGCACACAAGUUCUUUACUAAUAAUUUUUAAGCUGCCCUUGGCUUUGCAAUGAGCUUGAAGAAAUAGUAUUGUAUUUUAUAUAUCAAAAAGAGGGGGUAAUUCUCAAAAACUGUGCUGCUAUUCAUGAGUAUAAUAUCUGCAAUGACUAUAGUUAUUUUUUGCUGCAGUCAGACCUAAUGAGGUAGUUCCAUGUAUAAUACUGUUACUUUCUUUUGUGGUUUCCUAGAAGAUUAUUAAAUACACAUAUUUUUCAUUUUAGACACUUGUGAAACCUGUAUUCAAAAUUGGUUCAUCCAUGUACCAGCUCGCCUCCAACUGGUAAAACUUGGUCAGUCACUCAGACACAAGAGCCAUAAGAUUAUUGUUUUAUGGUUAUGUCGAACUACCUUGUAAUAAUGAUAAUUGUAGCAUUUAUUUCAGGAGCUGUGGAAGAAGCUAAAUGGGUGUUCUAAAUAUUCAACCAUUAUUCCAUGUAACCUGUAGUAUUUGUAGAAAUAUGGUUUAGGUUGUCAUAAAUAAGGACUCUGUAAAGUAGGUUCUUUUAUCUUUCCUUUCUCAUUAAUUUUUAAUACAUUACUAAAAAAAAUGUUUUUUAAUCUAUAAAUACAAAAUAGAAAAUUUGCCAUUAUCAAGGUUGUGCGCUUUUUAAAUGAGAAAUGGAGCCAAAAACUACCUUAUAAGAUCAUUUUUUUCCCUCCCCCAUUCAAACAGAAGAAAAGUGUUUGUAAGGUAAUAAAAGUAAGGAUUAGUAAAGCUGACUUAUUAUUUUAUUCAGUACACUUAACGAGUUAUGUUUCUUUCACAAGCUAAUAUUUCUCUGGAUUUUUUUAUUCUGGAUUAAAUUAUUUGUUUAAAUUGUCUACCUCAAGUGCACUUCCCCAUGAACUUGAAAGGAAUGGCUUUCUUUUGAUUUUUAAAUCAGAGACCUUAAUGUUUCCAGUCAGUGAGCAACUGAAGAAAUUCUUAUUUCAUUUUUUAUUUAUUUUUUGAAACAUGGGUCACCAAUGUUUGGAGCAAGCUUUCACUGGUUAAAUCAUCACUUUGUUCUGGUGGUAUAUUUUAGUUUUUCUUUGAUUAUAGGUUGCAGUAAAAUGCAUUGUGGUGGUAAUUAUCAACCACUUGACUUAAAAAACCUUGAGAAAGACAACAUAAUGUUCGUGGACAGAAGUGUCAGAGUAUAGGUAUUCUUGGGAUAAUGAAAUAAUUAUGUAUUAAAGGUUUAAACAAUAUUUUAAGAGUAGUUUCGUCAAAAAAAAUAACUGAAAUUCCUCACCCUAUUAAAGUGUAAAUUCAUAGAAUCAGAGGACUGACAGAAGCUGAAUUUUCAUCAAAUGAAGAUGAGCUCCUCUUAGCUUGGUGAACUGCAGUGUCAUUAAUGUAACAUUAUGUAGAUGAGGUAGUGAGAAACCUGUAAACCAAUGAAUGUGAAACAAUAGCAGAUCAUAGUUAAAAAAGCUCAUGGGUUUUGCUAUCAUGAAAUUAGAAAUUAACUGGAAGGAAGCUUCAUGAGCAUGGUAAAAAUAAAAAGUUAGAGAAUUUAUUCUUCCCAGAAUAUGAGUUGAAUCUUGUAUUGUAAUUUGUCUUAUAUAGGUAGCAUCAUUUGAAAAUAUUCAAAGCUCAUACUAGCAUGAUUAAAGUAAAAGUUGCCUUAUGCCUGGUUCAGACUGCAUACUGUGUUAGAGGGCUGAUAUUUAUUAUACAUUCAUAAUGGUUGUUUAUAAUCAAGGCUUCAGUACAUUAGAGAAAUACAAUCUUGUGUAUUUGUGUCGUCAUAUGUUAGUAUCCAAAAUUUGAGGCGUUUCAUCUAAUUAAAUAGAUUUGAUCUAAAUUGAAGGUCAUAUUUAGUAUCCAGUGCUAACAGAUGCAAAUAUCCAGCUGAAUUUCUUUCAAGUUAAUUACAAAAGCAUGGCACCAGAGAUGGUGGUUUAGUAGAGUAUCGGGAAUUGGUAGGGUAUUUUUUCUUGUCUUACAACUUACGUCAUUUAUAAAAAGGAUAAAAUCAGGAUGGUGCCAAAAUUUUGGGUAAUGGGUAUUUAUGCUGUCAGUAUUUCAAGUUUUUUUGUAACGUUAUUGUAAUAUUACAAACUGGGCUUAUUCAUAAUACUGUAUAGGUAAAGUAGUAACUUGGAAAUUUUCAGAAAAAUGCAUUUAUAUAUGAAUGAAGAAAAGCAUGAAGGAAAUCUCUUCCCAUUAUUUGUGAAUUGAUCUCUUUAAAAUGUUUGUAAAUGCAGUUUUGUAUUUGCUGUACAUUGUUGUAUAUGAAAUGGUAAAGAAAGUGUCCUUAAGCUUUUGUGAAUCUCUCUACACGACUGUCAGCACCUUAAGCCAGACUACAUCACCUCAAGAUUUCCACUUUGCUUCAAUGAAUAGCAGGAAAAAUGACUUAAUGUGUAAAAUAUAAAAUAUACUGCAUACAGCUUCUUUCUGGUCUGGGUAAGUGUAUAGAAUUUCUGAACUUUAAAAAUGUUAGCAUUAUGUAAAAUGGGAACAGAAACUAUUCUUGCUCUUUCGUAGAUUUAUAUCUGAAAAAGGUGUUUAAAAUGGUGGAAUUUGCCCAUUAUUAGUAUAGACAAUUUAGUUGGAUACAUAUAUGUAAAUACUGUAAGGAAAGGCCAUAGAAUGUUGUGUAAUCCUACAAGUACUAAUUCUCAUUGCUGCUAUGACAGCUCUAAGUUUUAUUAAUAUAUAUUAAUUAAUAUAUGUUUGACAGAACCUGUAUUCCUUAAUGUCUUUAGUGAAAAUAUUUUUACCUCACAGAAAUGAAUAGUAAUAUAGUGGAAACAAAUCUUAAUUAUUACUGAUAAUAAAACAAAAUAUUUUCUGAAUCAGAUGUUUGUAUAGCCGUCUACAAUGAUAGUCUUGUAUGGAUAUGAACCAAGUGUACCUACAUUAACACUUGAAAAUUACAUAUAUUAAUGUUCUAUCAUAUAAAACUAAUCAAUGCCUGAGUGCCAUGGAGUUCUUAUGCUAGCAGUGAUGCUUAGAAAAUACAGUACUUGCAAGUUCUCUACCGAAGAAACUUUGAAACACUAGCAUUCCAGGUCAGACAAGUUUUGAUAGUUUGGUCUGCACUUCCCUUGGUUUGCUCUAGAAAUCUCAAAUAGGAUUUUGGCACACAGAUAUUGUAAAAUGAGAUCACUAUAGUUAUGACAUUGCUAAUAGGCAAGUUGUACUGGAUAUUUAUGUUUGUGAUAAUCUAUAAUAAAGGUAUUAAAAUUA